GGGGGUGGGCUCCACUGUCGCUUUGGGACGGGGUCGGGAGAUUAGGACCGCCGCGGGGCCAGCGACAGCAGGCGGGGAGAGCCCUCUCUGCCACCCUCCCUCCCCCCGCCCCCGGCCGCCAUCCGGCCUGGGCCUACGCUCCCUGGGACCGCCGCCUAUCCGGCCCCGUGAGGCCCCCUCCCAGGGCCGGUUAAGGCGCAAACAGCCUGGGAUGGUCAAUGCUUAACUCCUAGUGGUGUCAGGUGGGGGCAUUCCUUCCUGGCGACCGCGGGGAGCUUUUUACAGAUGCCUCCCAUCGGGUCAGAGGGGCUGGUCUUGGGGGCCCAAGGUCCGACGCUCCGGGACUGUCGCCGCGGGUGCAAGUUCUUCAGCCUGACGGAGACCCCCGAGGAUUACACGCUCAUGGUGGACGAGGAGGGCUUCAAAGAGCUGCCCCCAUCUGAGUUCCUGCAAGUGGCUGAGGCCACGUGGCUGGUGCUGAACGUGUCAUCCCACAGUGGCGCAGCAGUGCAGGCUGCUGGGGUCACCAAGAUCGCCCGCUCAGUAAUUGCACCGCUGGCCGAGCACCACGUGUCGGUGCUGAUGCUGUCCACUUACCAGACAGACUUCAUCCUGGUGCGAGAGCAGGACCUGUCCGUGGUGAUCCACACGCUGGCCCAGGAGUUCGACAUUUAUCGAGAGGUGGGCGGGGAGCCUGUGCCCGUUGCCAGGGAUGAUUCCAGCAACGGCUUUCCCCGUGCCCAGCAUGGGCCCAGCCCCACGGUCCAUCCCAUCCAGAGCCCAGAGAACCGUUUCUGUGUCCUCACGCUGGACCCUGAGACGCUGCCAGCCAUCGCCACCACCCUCAUUGAUGUCCUCUUCUAUUCACACAGUCCCCCUAAGGAGGCAGCCUCCGGUGGUCCUGGAUCCAGCUCCAUCACCUUCUUUGCUUUCUCCCUCAUUGAGGGCUACAUCUCCAUUGUCAUGGAUGCUGAAACGCAGAAAAAGUUCCCCAGUGACCUGCUGCUGACCAGCUCCUCAGGGGAGCUGUGGAGGAUGGUGCGCAUCGGCGGACAGCCCCUGGGCUUUGAUGAGUGUGGGAUUGUGGCCCAGAUCGCAGGUCCCCUGGCUGCGGCCGACAUCUCCGCCUACUACAUCAGUACCUUCAACUUCGACCAUGCCCUGGUUCCUGAGGAUGGCAUUGGCAGUGUCAUCAAGGUCCUCCAGCAUCGGCAGGAGGGUCUGGGCUCCUGAGGCCCUGAGGGGAACAGCAGCCUCCAGGCUCUCCCCUUGUCCUCAAGCUUCCAGAGACUUCUCAAAGCUUUUUACUCAAGCUCUGGGAUGUUCCUGUCGGGGGACUCCUCCUUCCGCUCUGUGUAUGUAAGCUGCGUGCAGACACUGGCUCUCACGUGGACACGCGUGUCUGCCCAUCGCAGGGGAACACGGUGCUCAGGGCUUCCUCCAGGAAGCCCCUCAACCCAUCACUCCCUGCGGGGCCUCGGCAUUUGCACAUUCCCUGCCUGAGGCCAGAGCCUUCCCCCUCUCAGCGCCCUGGGUGGGCCGGCUGCUCCCCAGAAGGCCUGAUCUCCCUUCUGCCUCUGGCUCUGUUGCCUUUCCUGGCCAAGUGAAUUCUGACAGUGCCUUCCCUUCCUGGGGCCUCCAAAAAAAGUAUUUUUACAUCUCUAUCUCUCUUCUUUUUUAAUCAACUUGUUAAUAAAGAGCUUGUAGUGAGCAGGCCAGGCUGUGGUCCUUGGGGUUGUCCAGGCCUUGGCCAUGCCUGCCCCACAGCUCCCCAGGGCCCCUCUGCCUGAGGUCCUGGACUCUCCCCGCUCUGCCG